AUGGGUUGGUCACCUGGCAAAGGGCUUGGAAUAAAUGAGGAUGGAUCGCAGGAAUGCAUCAAGCUUUCUCAUAAACAAGAUAAUCUCGGGGUUGGUGCCUCCAAGAAAACAAUUGACAAUUGGUUAGAUAAUUCGAAUGCAUUCAAUGAUUUAUUAAAAGGAUUAAAUCAACAAACUCAAGACGAUUCGAAAAUCUCGAAUGAGCCAAAUUCCAAUACUGACAAUUCGGAUUGUACUUCUAUACGUCUCGCUCAUCGUGCAAAAUAUCUUAAAAGUAAAAAAGCAGCUGUGCAAGAUUCUGAACGAUUGAAGGAAAUUUUGGGUAUAAAAACCAAAUCUAAUGCCGCGAAAAUGGAGUCCAUUUCAGAUUUUGAAAAUGGUUACAAAAUCAAUCAAGACGACUUUGAAAAUGUUGUAAACGAUCAAAAUAAUUCCAAUAAAAACGAAAAAGACUGUUGCUCUGAUACUAAUGGUUUUCAAACAAUAGUCAAUAAAUUAAGUACACAAGAUUAUUUUUCGUUGAAAGCAAAACAAAUGAACAAAAGCGAUGAACAACCUUGCUUUAACAUGGAUAAUUUAAGUUUAACUAAGGAAGGUUCAGUUGAUCUUGAGUUCGCUACUGAGAGAAACAAAGAACGAAAAACCAAGGUCAAUCUUAGUUGUGACCUUGCUCAUAAUAAUUUUGAAUCUCUCGAGGGUAGAGAGAAGAGGAAAGGUAAAGAGUGUACGAAAUGUACAACACUAAACCCUAGUGGCGCAUUGCGACCGUUAUUAUCUAUGCCAACAAGUUUUAUUUCUGAUUUACUUUCAGCAGGGACAUAG